GCUUAGCAGUGCUGGCUGAUGGAGGGGCAUCAGAGCUGAGGCAGCCUGCAGGCACGCAGAGGGGGGACGGUUACAGCCCGGAGAGGAUGGACGUGGCGUUUGCCCGCAGCAAAAGGAAGCGCCUGGGCCCUCCUCUGCUGGGGCACGAUGUGAUGAGAAGCAGGGAAGGAGAAUAUGAAGACAGUGACAAUGUCCUCUAUGAGUAUGAGCCAGACUAUGAAUGUGGAAGUAUGGUAUCUGAAGCUUCCUACACUGAGGUCUCAGACACUGGAGAUCAGCAGAAGACUCUUAUGGAGGUCCUUGCUUACUGCCAGGCCAUGUAUGAAGCCAUUCAGAAACUGGACAGGAAAUUCGACCUGCUGCAUCGGAAGGUCUCCGAGCUGCAGCACACUCGUGUCAAGCCACUGCUGCUGAAGCCUAAGCCACUUGGAUUCCCCUACAGAAGCUCCAGCCACUUGCCCCCAGGCAAAAUGAGAGUACAGAACUCCGUGGAAAGGAAAUCGAAUCCUCAGCUCCCUUCAGCAGGCCAGGCAAGGCACAGCCCAGGCCUGGGGGCUGGCUUGCCAAAUGGCAGUGUGCAGGUCAAUCCCCCCAUCAACCAAGUCCCACAGAGCCCUCAGGUGGAAGUGCAGCAGCCUGUGCAGAGGCAGAGCCCUCCGCUCCCCACCAUCGUCUCUACUCGCUCCCUGCACUCCUCCCUGGCAGCAGCCAGCAAGGUCCCAGACCUCCUUCCACCACCAAAUCUGGUGGAGAGCUUUGGGGAAGGUGCUGCCAGCGUUGCCUCCUCACCAGUGGCCUCCUCCUCAUCGAUGCCAGCACCACCUGAGAGCAGCCUGGGGGACACCUGUGUGGUGGUGAGCUACAGAAGUGCAGCUGGGGGUGGAAGCAGCAGUAAGGAAGCAGCGCCUGCUGCAGUGCCCCUCGACUCCAGCCUCGAGUUUGUUGGUGACCCAGGAAGGAAUGUGAAGGUGCCUGGGACCUACCUGACGAAGGCUCGGCAGAAGACGAAGCCCAAGUACGCCGCGCGCUACCUGGUGCGAGUGCUCUUCCCCAAGGAGGCCCUGAUGAGCACCACGCUGGGGGCCGGGGCCCUAGGCCACAGAACGCUGGAUCCCAACAAAAUCGCUGCAGUGAGAGAAUUUCUUGCAGCUACCUUUCCAAGCUAUGAUUUGAGUGUGCAUGGGAGGGACUGGAACACCUGCGUGACAAACAUCAACGCCAUGAUCCACUGCUUGCGCUCCCAAUCCAAACUCAGCCUGUCUCCCAGGCUUUGCAGCGUCUUCAGCAAUCGAUCCCGCUCUGCGUUUGCCCGAGCUUCUUUGGUGAUCGAUCGGCCCCGCUCCCCGAGCGUGCUCCCCGAGCUCGCCGCCGGUGCUGCCAGAACCGGGGCCGGAAAUCUUACGACUUGGGCUUCGGUGAACGCCGCUCUCUGUCUUCGGAAGUGUCGUUCCAAAGGAAGGUCCCUGUUCGGGCGCCACUUGCCGGACACAAUUUCUAUCAGCCACACUCUGGCAAUUAUGCCAAUUUUCACGGGCCCAGUCAAGUACCUGUACAGAGGGGCGGGCACCGUGAGCUUCUAA